AUGGCUCUCACCGCACACUGGACGAAAGUAGGUCAAAACAAUCUACUCAAACGCUCUUCGGUCUGUGCGAGUGUCAUCGGCUCAACCAUCUACGUCUUCGGCGGAGAGCUCGAGCCUCGCAAGCCUCGCGACAACGAUGUGCACAAGGUCCGUAUAAGCUUGGACGGUGGUUCGGCGGUCGAGACCACGUUUGCGCAAACCAGCUCACCAUCUCCAAGAGUCGGAGCUACGACUACGUCGCUCAAUGGCAAGCUCUACAUGUUCUCCGGCCGGGGUGGGGAAGCAAUGGCUCCUAUCGAGGAGAACGGUCAUGUCUGGGCUUUCGACCCGUCGAUCGAAGUCUGGACAUCUUUGCGCCGAUCCUCAAGCGUCUACCCUGAAGCUCGCAGCUACCACGCAAUGACCAACAAUGGAUCAGAUACUAUCUACGUUCAUGCUGGUUGUCCUGAAGCCGGAAGGCUGUCAGACCUAUGGGCUUUCAACGUCCACGAUUCCAAGUGGAGACAGUUGGCAACAGCGCCGGGAGCAGACCGUGGUGGUUCCUCAAUCGCAUACGACGACGGCAAAAUCUACCGCAUGAAUGGAUUUGAUGGCAAGACUGAGAAGGGUGGCGCGUUGGACGUAUUUGACGAAGCUACGAACAACUGGAGCUCCUUUGAUUUCUUACCGGACGGAAAGAGCGGUCCAGGAGCUCGCAGCGUAGCGGCUUUGAUUCCUGUGCAUAGAGAUGGCCGUGUCUUUCUUGUCACUCUGUUUGGUGAGAGCGAUCCAAGCUCUCUUGGUCAUCUUGGAGCCGGCAAGAUGCUCAAUGACAGCUGGGCGUAUUCGGUACAUGACGAAACUUGGAUCAUGGUCAACGUGCCGUCCACGGAAGGGCCACAAGCCCGGGGGUGGUUUGACGCAGAUGUCGUCUCCAUAGGAGGUGAGGAGAGCGUUGUGGUUGUCGGUGGCCUUGGCGAGUCGAACGAGAGAUUGGACGAUGCCUGGUUGUUACGUUUCAGCGUGAGCCCCAUCGAAUGA